AUGACUACGGCUGCGGCAUCCUCUUGCCUCCCCAUCGCGAAGUCAACGCGCCUGUUUACGACUGCCGCCUCCUCCAGAGGCCACUCGCCCCCGCCAAUGGCACCAAUCGCCAUUCCCGUUCUGGCUACCCCCAAGCCCGUCACCAAAAGCCGACCGAAGGAUCUGCGGAAAGAGGUGCUGCUCAAGCAGUUCUACUACGACCUGGAGAAACAGGGACAUGGAGACUCUUUCGAGUCCACCAUGGUGCUGCCCACGGUCUCUCUACGGGUAACAAGCUCGCGACACGUCAAACGCCGACGAGCUCAUCCCGACAAACACUGUGACUACCUCACCGCACACGCUGCUCGUCACGAAGCGGUAGCCUCACCAGAACAGGAGCAUGCCUUGAGUGUGACCGUACCGGAAGCACGUGCCGAACGCAUAAUCCACGCGCGCAUCGACCAACUGAAAGACCGUCUCCGCCGCGUCUACAGCGCGGCAUGUUCUCUUCAGCAAGCUGCCCUCGUCCGUCGUCUCCCGCCGAACAGAGCGUGGCAAGACAGCAGGACGUACUUCACAAAUGAAUACCACGCGCUGAGUGACUUUGCUGUUGCGCGGGUCCCCGGCUGGGAGGCGGAGCUCGAGACGCUUCUCGAUGCGGUUGGCCUACCGGCCUGGGAUAGGGAUGGGUGGCGCGCCAAAAUGUGUUUGGUUAUGAACUCAAUCCAGGUCAUUGUCGCGGUGAUGUAG